AUGGUUCAUUCAAAGACAAACUGUCCAGCCAGAAUAAAUGUGGUAAUAAAUGCGGAUUCAUCUUGUGUAAUAAGCAAAAUUACACUUGAGCAUAAUCACACUCUAAGUCCUUAUAAGUCUCGAUUUUUUUCCUGCAAUCGAGUUAUAGAUACAAGCAUCAAGAGGCGGCUUGAUCUUAAUGAUCGUGCUGGAAUAAGAUUGAAUAAAAGUUUUAAUUCUAUUGUUGUUGAGGCUGAUGGAUAUGAAAACUUAACAUUUGGAGAGAAGGACGCUCGUAAUUAUAUUGAAAAAGCCCGUCGGUUACGACUUGGUGAAGGUGACGGCGAAGCAAUUUGUAAUUAUUUUAGAGAAAUGCAAGAGAGAAAUGGAAACUUUUUUUAUGCCAUAGAUCUAGACGAUGAUUUUCGGCUUCGCAAUGUGUUUUGGGCAGAUGCUCGGAGUAGAGCGGCGUAUGAAUGUUUUGGAGAUGUAAUAACUUUCGACUCGACAUAUCUAACAAAUAAGUACGAUAUGCCAUUUGCUCCUUUUGUUGGUGUUAACCAUCAUGGACAGUCGAUCUUGUUGGGGUGCGGCCUACUCUCCACUGAAGAUACAGAAUCGUUUGCAUGGCUCUUUCGGAAUUGGUUGUCAUGCAUGUCCGACCGUGCCCCGAAAGCAAUAAUCACAGAUCAAGAUAAAGCGAUGCAAAAUGCUAUCGCACGUGUCUUUCCUAAUACUCGGCAUCGAUGGUGCUUAUGGCACAUAACAAAAAAGAUACCGAAAAAGCUAAGAAGCUAUGGCGAAUAUCAUUCGAUGAAGAGCGUGAUGAUGGAUGCUAUUUAUGAAUCACUGACAGAAAUUGAAUUUGAGGAAAAAUGGAAGAGAAUGAUAGCUUGUUAUGCACUUGAAAAUAAUCAGUGGUUGUCAGGCCUGUACGAGGAAAGACAUAAGUGGAUACCAGCUUAUGUGAAGGAUACAUUUUGGGCUGGAAUGUCCACAACACAGCGUAGCGAAAGUAUGAAUGCAUUUUUUGAUGGGUAUGUGAACUCGAAAACUUCAUUAAAACAAUUCGUUGAGCAAUAUGAAAGCGCAAUAAAAAAUAAAGCUGAAAAAGAAGCAGAAUUAGACUACAAAUCAUUCAACUCAGUCAUCCCGUGUAUCAGCCGUUAUGCAUUUGAGAAGCAAUUUCAAGAUGUAUACACGAUUACGAAAUUUAGAGAAUUUCAGGUAGAGUUGAAGGAAUUAUUGCAUUGUGAGACCUCCUUAUUGUCUUCGACGGGCAAAAGAGAAAACAAGAGAGAGGGCUUACCCCAGAACUCCAUCGCCGACUAG